UUUUCUUUAACAUAUGACGUAUGCGCAUUUUAUGCAAUUUUUAAUGUUCUUUAUUCCGAUCUUUGACUAUUCUGUACCUCUAUAUUUUAAACACACCAUAAUCCAAGCGCUAUGAAUGUUAUAUCAAGGAUAUUUGAAAUUUACACAAGUCUUGCAAGAAAAAUUUGAAUCUUAAGUUAAAAUGAAAACAUUUACUGUAUUAUAUUACAAUUGCAGUUAUGGAAAAUAAUACGUUAUUGACCGGAAAUAGUUUAUUAUAUGAGGAUAGAUCAGAGUGGUCUAAUUUGCAUACGAUUACAGUUGCCCUAAUAGCUGUUACAUCAACUUUCUUCUUAUUUAUGAUCCUUACGCUGAUAGUUUGUUGUAUACGAGACUGCAGGAGAACAUCAAGCACAGGAAAGAUCAAUAGACACACACCAUACCCUAGUUACCCACAACCACCACGACAUGCCGCCAUUCAGAAACUCUAUGAUGAGCAGAAUGGAAUGGUUAAGCCGGGAAUGGUGUUUCUCUCUGACAUGACCCAAUUUGAGAAAAAGGACAUCAGUUUUGAGAUAGACAUCGAUGAUGAAACAAACCACAUGUGACCACAGAAAUGACGUCAAAGGUCACAUAAUUCAUUAUCAAUAUCGGGGAAGUAAUACGCACCACGUGAUAUGCCACGUGGAAUAAUUUUACGCCUGGACAUCGGAUGACAUCAAACAAACCACUUUGCUCAUUGGAGAAAAACUGAUAAAUUCAGGUGUGAAAUCAAUAUAAAAAAACAGAGCAUGUGAAAUCAAAAGAGACACAGCUGCGCAAGUUGAUCUGGAAUGUUUAACGCGGAUUAAUCAUAUGGGUAGCAAGUAGAUCACUAAUAAAAAGCAUAUCAAAAAAUAUAAAUUGAGCACUUACAUAUUACCACGAGUGAAUGAAAAAAUGGAUGUAGUUAUUGGUGUAACAAAACAAAAAUGCGAACUUUUAUUAGGCAAAUUAAGUAAACCAAAUGUGUAUAUUUAGGUGAAUGCUAUAAGGUGUAUAACGUGCGAUUAAAUCAUAUUCUCAAGGGAAAUCA